CAGGAUGCCUCCACUCCUCUCCUGCGUCCCUGCAGCUUUGGCAUCUCCUCCUCCUGGUUUCGGCUGUCCCUCCUCCUGGCGCCGGGUCUGUUCGCCCUCGGGGCCCAGCGGCUGCUCGGCCUCUUUGUGCCCGUCGGAGCCCCUCAGCCUCGCGGCCCAUUUGCAUCUGGGACAGGACCUCGCUGCCCGAGAGGGAUUCUCGCUUGGCUCUGCCACGUCAGCGGUACCCCUGGGCCAUCGUGUGGGGCCCCACGGUGUCAGAUGAGGACGGAGGGGACACCAACUCGGCCAACCCAGGUUUCCCACCGCUGGGAUACACCUUUGUCUCGCCACACGGGAUGGCAACGGCACAGCCCAACUCCCACUCGCUCCUGCACAACGCGGGGCUCAACCUGCGCGAGACUCCCGCCACGCUGCGGCCCUUCUUGUUUGGGCCCCGGGGGGAAGGUGUGGACCCCCAGCUAUACGUCACCAUCACCAUUUCCAUCAUCAUUGUCCUGGUUGCCACUGGGAUCAUAUUCAAGUUCUGCUGGGACCGUAAUCAGAAACGCCGGCGUCACUCGGGGCAGCAGAGCAGUGGGAGGCAGCAGGAAAGCCAGCAGCCCCUCACAGACCUCUCCCCCACAACAGUCAGCAUCCUGGGGCCCUACAGUGACUCCCUGGCCCCCACACCUGAGGCAGAGGACACCAGGCAGGGCAAGGAGGGUGUGGAGAAACUGAAAGGCCACGGGAAGAACACAGCUUUCCAGCUNNCCAGAAUCCCACUGGUGAACCUGUGA